AUGAGCAGUGAAUUAGAGGUUACUCAGUUCACUGAAUUUCGGAUUGAUGGUGAAGAAAAAAUAAUCGGAUCUACAAUGCCACUCUAUGCAGCAAUAGCUGCUUCACCAGAAUAUGUAAUCUACUACGAAAACAAAAUUCUCUCUAUAUACGAUCAAAGUCAAUCCUGUAAGAAAACCAUUUCGUGGUCAGAAAAAGCCGGUCAUAUUAUUGAUAUUUGCUGGUAUAACAAUAAACAAUUUAUUAUCUUGACAAAACGAGAAUUUCAUUUAUUUGAUGUGGAUACAGAACAAAUUCGUAUGAUACAUAGUUUACCUAAGAAUGACAAUGACGAUUCUACUUAUUAUCGAUGUACAUCACAUGAUGAAUGUAUAAUGUUAUGUUUUUCUUGUCCAGGAACGACAAUCGAAGAAUGGACAUUGACAAAAUGUAAAAAACGAUGGCGAUCACCAAAAUCAUGUAGACAAGAUGAACACAUUUGUUGUUUGCGUUUAUUAUCAAAUAUCUUAGGCUUGACUAUUGCUAAGUCAACACAAGAACCAAGAUUUGAAUUACGUCAAAGUGAAACGAUGUCUGUCUUAUUUUCGAUGCAAUUGACUUGUCAAUGUUAUCGAUUUAUUUCAAUGAAUGAUCAUAAUUGGCUUUUAGUUCCAUAUUAUUAUGGAAGACAAGUACUUCUUCUGAUCAAUACUAGCGAAAAAAUUCUUAAAAUUAUCGAUAUUCCAUUAUUGAUACAUACUUAUGAUUAUAAUGGUAAUGUUAAUCAAAUGAUUUGGAAUGUUGCUUUGAUGUCAGGGAACAAUUCAUAUCUUAUUGUUCGACGUGACAGAUCGAUUUGUUUCCACAAUAUUAAAUGA